UUACAUGUCAGGCGACCGUACGGGAGCUGGGUCUUGUAAUGUUCAAGCAAAACAAAUUGCAAUGGAGGAGCACAAAAGUCGCCUUACAUACACGUUCUAUAUGCUAACAUUAUUCCUGUGCGGCGCACUGCUCUUUCUAAUAGGCUUCUUUCCGGCUUCAUACUCCGUUGCAGAACAGGAAAAGACCGUGCCCAUUGACCGGCCGACAACACUACACGGUGAAAAACUGAAGCCACCGCCGGCCAACUAUGACUCUUUUAUACUCUUUCUGAUCGAUGCGUUGCGAGAGGACUUUCCCACAGAGUCCACAAUGCCGGCGGUCCAUGAGCGGGCUUGUCUCAAGCUGAGUCUCCACGUGGACAUACCGACUGUGACAAUGCCACGGCUGAAGAGUAUUACCACCGGCACAUUGUCCAAUUUCAUAGACAUUGCGCUCAAUGUGGGCCACACAGAGCAGGUGGAGGAUUCGCUGCUGCAUCGCCUGAAGCAGCGCAAAGCUGUUGUUUCUUUUGCCGGUGAUCACACCUGGGUUCAUCUCUUUCCCAGUGAAUUCACACGUCAGGCGGCUAACAAUGAUUCGUUUUACGUAAAUGAUUUCAAUGAGGGCGACCACAAUGUGACCAGUGUCCUAGCGCAGGAGCUGGAGAAAAGCGAUUGGAAGCUUUUGAUAUUGCAUUAUUUGGGCUUGGAUCACAUAGGUCAUGUUGAGGGCAAUGCCAGUCCCAGAAUUAAAACCAAACUAAAAGAAAUGGACGACGCUGUCAAAAAGAUAUUAGAUCAUAAGAAUAUGGCCAACUAUUUACUAAUGCUGACCGGGGAUCAUGGCAUGGCCGAUGGCGGUGGCCACGGCGGCAACACGCCCGCUGAAAUUACGGUGCCACUAUAUUUGUAUAGCAAGAACUGCAGCAAGUAUGCGCCAAGCACAAAGCGCUACAAUCAAAUUGAUUUGACGCCCACGCUAGCGCUGCUGCUGUCGAUUGAGAUACCGACGAUGUCCAUUGGCUGUAUCAUACCGGAGAUGCUGCAGACAUUAACGCUGGAGCAACAAAUGUAUGCCUACUUCUACAAUGCACAUCAUCUGCUUAACAAGGCUCGAGUCAAAUUCGGGCAUGAGAACGUCCGGAGUAGUGACUACUAUCAUUGGUAUCAGAACGCCACGUUGCUGCACAAGCAACUGCUGCAGCCACUGCGUAUCGGGGACGGCAGCGGCGCCAGCAAAGUGCAUUACCAGAAUGCCAAGCUUAACUAUUUGCGCGUCGCCCGUGAGAUUUCCGGCCAGCUGUCCGAAUCACUGGUGAAAUUCGAUUACGGAUUUAUUGCCGUGGGACUGGCGCUAACAACAGCGAGCUCCUUGCACCUUAUAUUGAGCGUAUUAUUUCUGGACAUUGCUGCAGAGCAACUACAUUUGCAUAGGCUGAAUGUGGCUCAGCUGCUGUUCUCUCUGGUCAUCGGAAUUCUACUGAAUGUAGUCGCUCAUUUGGUGGAUCUAGUGCUGACCAGCUCCAUGCUAUACGGUCUACUCUUACUGCUGCCCAUAAUUGCUUCCGUUUAUUUAACCAUUGAUGUGGUCCAAGCAUUGCUCAAGAUCGCCCUUCCACCUCUUUACUCGCGACGCUUGAAGCUAUCUAUACCCUUGCCAUUGCCACUUCUGGUGUGCUUUGCUAUACGCAUCUCGACGUUGGGCUCCUCGUCAUUCAUUGAAUUCGAAUACAAGACCUGGUAUUACUUGGGCAGCACGCUGCUGCUGCUGACCACACUCAGGACGCUGCGUCGUCGCAUUACCAAAGCGAAUGUGGAGCUGGAUGGACGGCAUCUGCACAAGAUUGCCUCGGCUUGCAUCUGGCAGCAACGCAAGAUCUUCGUGGUGCUGAUACUGCUCACACUCAUGCGUUAUCUGCAUAGACUGUCGGCCAUUAAGAGCACGCUGAUGAUAUUCUCCUUAUUUCUAUUUUGGGCACGCCUGCGCAAAUUCACCGAUACAACACAGACCGUAUUUAAGGGCCUUGCCUUUCUGCUAGUCUACUGUUUCCGUGGCCUGAACGGUCAGGUGCACUUCUUUGAGGUACCCGAGAAUGUGGCCGCUCGCUGUAUGGUACCCGUGCUGGUACUCUUCUGGUGUUGCCUGGCGCUGGUCUUUGUCCUGGGCUACCGCACGGCACUGCCGCAACAGAAAAGCGGUCUCAGUUUGCUGGACGAGCAGCCGCAGAGUAAUCUGCUGAAGCUGCUGCAAACAAAUAUGACAUGUUCGCUGAUGCUGGUGGCGCUGCUAUACAAGGUGCAGAAUAUUGUGCUGUUGCCCACGAUGCUCAUCACGCUGGACGAAACGUACAAGCUGUGCGAUGCGUAUGGCACCACCGCGCGCAAGUUCUCGGUGCGCAUGGUGCAUGUCUACAAGAUAAUCAUGACCAUAUUUGUGGCCAGAAUGUUUUACUUUUAUCAGGGCAACUCGAACAGUCUGUCGACAAUUGACCUGAAUCCCGGCUAUAUUGGCCAGACUAGCUAUAAUCCCAUCAUUGUUGGGCUCUUCGUAACGCUGAACACCUACAGCGCCGAAAUACAUUCCUUUCUAUAUCUGAUUGUGCACACCCUGCGCACGGAUCUGCGCAGCGUUGGCAUCAUCCAGCUGCAGCCGCCAUAUGCGAAGGCAGCCGAUUCGCUGGUGGUGCCGCUGUAUGCGGCUCUGGUAUUGCUGCCGGUGGCCAUUUACCUGUGCCUGAUGUUGGUCUUUCGCUAUCAUCUAUUUAUCUACUCCGUCUUUUCACCCAAAGUGCUCUACGACUGUUAUACUGUAUUGGUAUUCUAUUUGGUAUUCCUAUCAACGAGUUUGUACUUUAAAUUGUUUAAACAUGACGCUUAAUUAUUAAAUAUUUUAAAAGCUUUAA